UGCCGAUGGCGUUCUUACAGACAAUCCACAUCUUGUGCUGUUAUUUUAUAUGGCUCAACUAUUCUUACGCGAAUUAGUGAAGAGCUAUCGUCUGAUACAAGUGGUGCCAAUGGAUAUGUCAGGAUAUUAUGAAAAUCGUGCUGGUCCCUCGAAUCUUGGCAAUGUCAUUAGCCAAAUAUUACUCUGCAAACAAAUAACACCGGAUUUCAAUCAAGAAGAGCUGUGUAGUAUUACAAAGGAUUCACAGGAUAUCGCACUGUUACUAUCGGAAAUGCAAGAGUUCAUGCCAAAACAUGAAACAUAUCUGG